UGCACUUGUCUCUUCAGUCAAGGAGAAACUAAUUGGAGGAAAGAAUAGAAGAAAGGAGCUGUUGGAAAACUAAACGUAGCAAAACUUCACUUCUCUACAGCAUGCCACAGAAAGAUUACAGAAGUCAAACGAGCUGGGAGAGCGGUGUCGCUUCCAUGAUGCAAAACAGUCACAGUGGAGUAAACCAGCUGGGAGGUGUGUUUGUGAAUGGGAGACCUUUACCUGACUCUACCAGGCAGAAGAUAGUGGAGUUGGCACACAGUGGAGCUCGACCCUGUGACAUAUCCAGAAUAUUACAGGUGUCUAACGGCUGUGUGAGUAAAAUAUUGGGCCGGUAUUACGAGACAGGUUCAAUCCGUCCUCGGGCCAUCGGAGGGAGUAAACCCAGGGUGGCCACUCCAGAGGUGGUGGGAAAGAUCGCUCAGUACAAGAGAGAGUGUCCGUCCAUCUUUGCGUGGGAGAUCAGAGACCGACUGCUGGCAGAAGGAGUCUGCACCAACGACAACAUACCCAGUGUUUCCUCAAUAAAUCGAGUGCUCAGGAACCUGGCCAGUGACAAGCAGCAAAUGGGCACAGUGGGAGCUGAAGGGAUGUUUGACAAACUCAAGAUGCUAAAUGGACAAACCACCUGGGGAGGACGCUCAGGGUGGUACGCCGGGACUACGCUCACUACCACAGAUUGUCCUCAGGCAGAGGGGGGGGACAGCACCAUAUCCGUCAGCUCCAAUGGUGAAGACUCAGAAGAGACUCAGAUGAGACUUCAGCUGAAGCGAAAACUGCAGAGAAACAGAACGUCUUUCACACAGGACCAGAUAGAAGCACUAGAGAAAGAAUUUGAAAGGACUCAUUAUCCAGAUGUGUUUGCCAGAGAACGCCUUGCCAACAAAAUAGACCUUCCAGAGGCAAGAAUACAGGUUUGGUUUUCCAACAGACGAGCAAAGUGGAGAAGAGAGGAGAAGCUGAGGAACCAACGUCGUCAGGUUUCCAACUCCUCCAACCACAUCCCCAUCAGCAGCAGCUUCAACACCAGUGUUUACCAGCCUCUACCACAACCCACUACACCAGUGUCCUUCUCAUCAGGAUCCAUGUUGGGAAGGCCAGAUCCAGUUCUGUCCAACAGCUACAGCAUACCAGCCAUGCCCAGCUUCAGUAUGGCUGCCAGCCUGCCGAUGCAAGCAUCCAGCCAGACCUCUUACUCCUGUAUGCUGCCCACCAGCCCCGCUGUAAAUGGAAGAAGUUAUGACACAUAUACUCCUCCACACAUGCAGCCACACAUCAACAGCCAGUCAAUGACAUCCUCUGCAACGUCGUCAACAGGUCUGAUUUCCCCUGGUGUCUCAGUUCCAGUCCAGGUUCCAGGAAGUGAAGCGGACAUGUCACAGUAUUGGCCCCGCCUGCAGUGAUGUCAUUUCUGACAGUAAUCGUUGCUGCCUACAGUGACCAUCAGCAGUGACUGCAGCAACAGGAAUGAAGGAAACAUCAAAGCAGCUGUAUAGCUGUUGACUGAAACACACUGCACUGCAGCAAAUGACUAUGAAGAAAUGACUCUUAUUAACGCUUGUGUGAAAACAUGAAAAGCUCAUUCUGGAGACGAGAAGGACAGAGGGAGUCUGAAUCUUUUCCAGCUGAAGGAUUUUAAUAUUACUGUAAACUCUUACAAGUUCAGCUACAACUGGAUUGAACAUCAUCAUCACAUCAUCUCCAUCUGCUGCCAUUCAGAGUCCGGUAGGUGAGGACACCCUGAAUGAAACGCUGCAGCCUGAGCUGCUCUCAGGAAGCUCAGGAAGGUGGGCCGUCCUUUAAAUGAACUCCAGACAGGAAGAAACUGCUCAGUGUCCUGUGGGAAGGCACAUUACCUCUACUUUCAGUUCCUAAUUUAUAUCAUGUUGGUGUUUUUGUAGCAAAAACAAAGAUGUUGACUGAAAUGUAAAAGGAAGAACUUCUUGAGACUUGAAAUGAAUUGUCCAAAAGCCCUGGUCUGGGAUGUGUAUAGAAUUUCAAAAUGUGGACUGGUGAUAUGUGUUUGAUAUUGUAAAAACUCUGGCCCGGAUGUGAUCUGCUCACUGGCAUAGACUCUCAGUUUGUUUUAGUUCCAAAGCGCAGACGUCCAGAGAUUCAACAGUGAACCAACUAUUGAAAGACUGGAAACACAACAAAUGCUAUGCUAACUUAUAAAAAGUGAACAUUAAAGUGUGUCUGGGAUGUAAAUCUGUUUCUAAUUUCAAAGUGUAAAGUAUUUGUCUUCUCAAGUGGUCUGGGAGGGUUUCCAUAAUAAAGUUAUUUCAAUUACAUUGCUUGUUACAUUCUACAUCAUUGUAUGAGUUCAUGUUUUUUAUUUGUUGAAGCUGAAUAUAUCCUGUAUAUAAAAAUGUACAGCCCCAUUAGAAAAGCCCUGAUCUGAAGUGAGCUAUAGUUUCCAGCCCUCCAGUAUCUUGAGUAUCUAUGACAACAGCUCAGCUUGUGUAUCAGAGAUGCGUGUUGGUGUGUGGAGAAUACAGAACACACACUCGGGGAGCUGAGCACAUGGCUGUCGUGUUGCUGGCUGACAUGUACACUAACAUGAACUGUGUUUUUGUGGUGGCAGAGCUACUAGCAUAUGCAGUGCUAUGACCGCUCAGAAUUUUCCUGACCUUGACAUUUGCUUCGCCCUUUUGCGUGGUCUUUUGGUGGCUAGCACAGAGUGCAAGGUACACAGGUGAGGGGAGAGAAGCAAACAGGUGGGAGGUUUUUGGUGUUUUGGUUGAAAGUGCAGAGAAGCACGUGUGUGUGUUCACACCAGCUGUGUGUCUGCUGCUGCAGCUCUGUCUCUCUACAUAGA